CACCAGCAGACACUACUGAACCAGUUGAGAGAGGUCACAGGAACCAAUGACAUCCAAUUAUUGCAACAAGCCUUACAGGCUAGUAAUGGGGAUCUAGCGGAAGCUGUCGCUUUCCUAACCGAAAAGAAUGCCAAAGCACCACAGCAGGAGGAAGCUUACUACCACACAGGACAAACUGGCAAUGACCGUUACAUCAGCGUGGGAAGCCAGGCUGACACAAAUGUCAUUGACCUGACUGGUGAUGAUAAGGAUGACCUGCAGAGAGCUAUUGCCCUGAGUUUAGAGGAAUCCAACAGAGCCUUCAGAGAGACUGGCAUCACGGAUGAGGAGCAAGCCAUCAGCAGAGUUCUGGAGGCCAGCAUAGCGGAGAACAAGGCCAGUUUGAAGAGAACCCAAGGGGAGGUGUGGAGCGACUCACUAAAUCCGCACGACCGGAAACGACAAGAUAACUGUCCGGUGGGACUAAAAAACGUCGGAAACACCUGCUGGUUCAGCGCAGUCAUUCAGUCUCUCUUCAAUCUGCUUGAGUUCCGGAGACUUGUGCUCAACUACGUACCGCCCGGAGAUGCUCACGAUGUACCUCGGAAUCAGAAGGAACAUCGAAACCUCCCCUUCAUGCGGGAGUUGAGGCAGCUCUUUGCACUAAUGGUGAGCUCCAAGAGAAAAUACGUUGAUCCUUCAAAAGCUGUGGAGAUACUGAAAGAUGCUUUUAAAUCCAAUGACUCGCAGCAGCAAGAUGUGAGUGAGUUUACACACAAACUUUUGGACUGGCUGGAGGAUGCCUUUCAGGUGAAAGCGGAGGAAGAGAGGGAAGGUGAGAAACCAAAGAACCCAAUGGUUGAACUCUUCUAUGGACGGUUUCUGGCUGUAGGAAUGCACGAAGGAAAGAAAUUUGAAAACUCCGAGAUGUUCGGACAGUACCCACUACAGGUGAACGGCUUUAAGGAUCUGCACGAGUGUCUGGAGGCUGCCAUGGUUGAGGGGGAGAUUGAGUCCCUCCAUUCUGAAAAUUCUGCAAAGUCUGGACAGGAGCACUGGUUUACUGCACUCCCCCCCGUUCUAACCUUCGAACUUUCCAGAUUUGAAUUCAAUCAAGCUUUGGGAAGACCUGAGAAGAUUCACCACAAGCUGGAAUUUCCGUCAGUCUUGUACAUGGACAGGUAUAUGGACAGAAACCGGGAGAUCACACGCAUCAAACGGGAGGAGAUACGGCGCCUGAAGGAGCACCUCACAGUAUUGCAGCAACGUUUGGAAAGGUAUUUAAGCUAUGGCUCGGGCCCCAAACGGUUCCCGUUGGCGGAUGUACUGCAGUACGCCCUGGAGUUCGCCUCCAGCAAGCCUGUGUGCACCUCGCCGGUAGAAGAUGUGGAACCCGCUCCCCUCAGCAGCGCGAUACCCCCACAGACCACGGCGAGACAAGAAAGCUCCUGCAGCUCGACAGAACAGCCAGGAUCCCUGGCCCCCACGGACGCGCCCGGCACCUCCCCUAUCCAGCGGUCGGUGGUCCACAAACCUUUCACGCAGUCGCGGAUCCUGCCCGAGAUCCCGAUGCACCCCGCCCCCCGGCACAUCACCGAGGACGAGCUGCGGGUGCUGGAGGGCUGCCUGCACCGCUGGAGGACGGAGGUGGAGAACGACACGCGGGAUUUGCAGGAGAGCAUCGGCAGACUUCACCGCACCAUCGAUAUGAUGUAUGCCGACAAGACCAUGAUGCAGGUUCCUUACCGAUUACACGCAGUUUUGGUUCACGAAGGCCAGGCAAAUGCUGGGCAUUACUGGGCUUAUAUUUAUGAUCACCACCACGAGAGAUGGAUGAAAUAUAAUGACAUAGCUGUUACCAAAUCCUCCUGGGAAGAGCUAGAGCGGGACUCGUUUGGUGGUUACAGGAACGCCAGUGCAUACUGUUUAAUGUACAUAAAUGAUACAGAACGAUAUCUAAUAGAAGAGGAAUUUGAUAAAGAGACAGGGCAGGUGUUGACUGGAAUGGACACACUGCCUUCAGACCUGAAGGAAUAUGUCAAAGACGACAACAGGAAGUUCGAGAAGGAGCUGGAGGAGUGGGACGUACAACAGGUGAAGCGAGCCCAACAGGACAAGAUGUUAAUCGACACCAACCAAAGGGAACCCGCAGGAACCUCUACCUCAGCGCCAGCGAAAGAGCUGGAAUACUUAGAGCAGCCGUCGCCGACGGAACCAAACAAGGUGUGUGAGGAGGACACGGCCAAGGCAAUCUCCAAAGCAGCCGCUGAGUUUGAAGACCGAGGUCCUGAAGCUGCCCUACAAGCGACUCUGCUGACACCAACCAUGCAAGGCAUUAUCAUGGCUAUAGAUAAAGCCAGGCAUGUGUCUGAGAAACAUGGGCCCGAAGCAGGGUUUUUCAAGGCGUUCACGGCAGAGCACUCCCGCCUGGUGAGGCUGGCACAGGAAGACACCGCCCCCGGGAACGACAACCGGCUCAAACACGUGGUGGUCUACUUCCUGCACAACCAAACGCCCAACAAAGUCAUCGAGAGGACCCUGCUGGAGCAGUUUGCUGAUCGCAACCUUGGCUUUGAUGAACGGUGUCUCAGUGUCAUGAGAGUCGCCCAAUCCAAACUGGAGCUGAUCAAACCCAAGGAGAUGAGCAUGGAAGAGUAUGAGAGAUGGCACAGAGAGUACAAAUUGUUUCGCGAGACGAGUGUGUGCAUUCUGAUCGGCUUGGAGCUGUUCCAGAAGAAAAGCUGCAGCGAGGCAUUGCUUUACCUCGUCCACGCUUACCAGUGCAACAAGGAGCUGCUGUCCAGGGGCUCGUACAGAGGACACAACGAGUACCUGAUAGCGCAUUACAGACGAGAGUGCCUGCUGAAGCUGAAUGAAGAAGCGGCAUCCCUGUUCGAGUCGGGGGACGAGCGAGAGGUGGAGGACGGGCUGAGCAUCAUGAAUGAGCUGGUGGUGCCCUGCCUGCCCCUGCUGCUGGCGGACGACCUGGAGGACAAGGACAUCGCCGCGGUGGAGGACAUGAGGAACCGGUGGUGCUCCUACCUGGGGCAGGAGAUGGAACCCACUCUACAGGAGAAGCUGACCGACUUCCUACCCAAGUUGCUGGACUGCUCGACGGAGAUCAAAGCUUUCCGGGACCCGCCGAGGCUGCCCUGCCUCUCCACCCACGAGCUAUGCGAACGCUUCUCCCAAGCCCUGGCACAGCCACAGGCCCGAGCCCCGGCAGACGGCAGAUAAAAGCAGACAACACACCCCCCCCAUCCCCCUCUACAC